GCCGUGCCCCUAUUCCCUUUUGCCUUUCCAUCCCCAUCCUCCACGGCUCUACGGCGGCUGCCCUGCUGCUUCACCUCCCCCUCCUCGGCGAGGCGCCUCACGAGUGCCGCGAGGUCAGCGCGGGCGUCGCGAGGGAGGUGGCCAAUACGGCGAGGCGCCGUGCCCGCAUGAGCACCGCGAGGUCAAAGGGCUACAGCGGCCAAUAGGGCGAGGCGCAGCGACAUCACCGGCUCCGCGAGGUCCAGGGGCGGAAGCGGUCAAUACGGCGAGGCGGUGCCUGUCCGGCGGCGUACGGGCUCCGGCGUGUGCUCGACACGACCUUGCUCCUGCGCCUCCUACCUGGGCCGGACCUCGCGCCGCGUGUCGACCACACCCGCAUCACCAAGCUAACCAACGGCGUCCGCGUCGACUCCGAGGAUGUCCCGGAGGAGAAAUUCAUCAUCAGAUCACAAGAACCACAGAACAGCAAGGGUGAUAUUCAGGUUGACAUAUUUCCAUAGACAACCUAACCUGUACAGGGAUGAGUAAGAGAUGAAAAACUUCAAUUGAAAGCACCGCAAAGGUGUCUAAGCAAUGAUAGAAAGAAUCCUCAAGAUCCCGGUGCAUUCUUUUUUGCUGUCGAAACUGAAGAAAGAGAGUGCCAGACAACAUCCUGUGUUCAUUUUCUUUUUAAUUUUCUUCCAUGAGAAUCAUGGUUCUGUAAACACAGCAGCAGUUUCAAAAUGGCUCAAAAAGUACAAUGCAUUCUUUGUCAUGUAACAACGUUCCUAAGCUAUUAUUGAAUGAUCACGGUUUUUUUCAACACGUCCUGGACUUUACAUUUGAUAUAUACAUCAAGUUUCUGGGACAAAAAACCAUCAUGGACAACAUAUUUUUUUGCUCCUUUUCACCCACUUUGUUCCUUCUAUCAGUGUUGAAUUUUUUCCCCAAAUCAGGUAUGUUUGUUUUUUAACUACUAAUCAGAGAAGCAGAUAAAAUGUAAAGGGAUUUUCACAAUGGAAGAGCAAAUCAAAGAAAAUGGUGGAGGAGAACUCACCAUUUUUUGUCUUGGUUUUGUUUUUUCCCUGUGCCUUUUUUUGCGAAGCCCUCCUGCUCAAUUCCUCAUUUUUGAUCCCUUUCUCUUUGUUUUAGUUUUGCUCUCAGCAAGGGUGCUUCGCUGUAUCAAUGACGAGCCAUCCUUACCCAGCUAUGCGCUCGACAACUGCAGCCAAGAUCGCUUCCUCUCUCCUUUCCCCACCCCCCUCCAAUUUUUUGGCUCUGUGUGUGAUGGGAAAGGGGGCUGGGCGAUGGCACGUGAUGGGAUCGCCAAGGGUGUAGCAAGGGGAGAGGGGAAUCAAGCUAUUUGUCUAAAGAUCCGCCCCUCCCCCAAGAAAAGUUUCGGCCGGUGCAAAGAAUCACGACCUGAAUUUGAUCCUGAUUUCUCUCUCUAAUCACGGGGGGUUAGGGGUUUUUGAGGUUGAAGACGAUGUGGUUAUUUUCAGAAUUAUCCCCGUAGUUUAUUUUUAUUCUAUAUCACCUAUCUGGACGGCGCGGAAGGACUAAAAGGUCCAAAUUGACUAGCGCACAGCGUCGGCUUCUCCCGUCACCUGAUCCACACCCGGGGCAACAGCAACCAAAUCCGGUGGGCGGACGGGGAACUUGAGGACGGAGGAUGGCGGUGGAGUUCCCCAUCACCUUGCGGGAGCUCUACACGGACGCCAUCACGAACUGAAUUUCAGAUUUGGCAUUAGGAGUUGCUAAUAACUCGAAGGGAACAAGGAAAUUGUUGGCUUUCUUCAAUACAUCCAACCAAUAGAAUUUUAUAUCAACCAUGGCUGAGCAGGCAAGAGCAGAUUUUGCAACAAAGCUCUCGCUACGGAAAUUCAUGGCGACGGCGCAGCAUGUAACUCUAGAUCAAAGGCAGCUUGCCCGUAGCAUGGGCCUGGAUCAUCUGCUUGACCUAAAAUGUGAUACUCUGCCGCGCGGUGUCGUUCAUUAUCUGGCAUCAAACUUUGAUGUACCCUCAAGGGCUAUUGAACUCCCCAAUGGGUUCAAGUUCACAAUCACACCCUACUGCAUACACCAGGUCCUGGGGAUACCACUUGGCGGAAAAACCAUAGAGAAGAAGCAAAACCCAGCACUUAGAUCACUGAUUGCUCAGCAGACAAAAUGCAAAGGAAACUACCCGACCAUAAACGAGCUGGAUAACUUGAUACAACCUGGGCUAGAUGGAGAUUCAUUCAAAAGGAUUUUCACAAUGUAUGCGCUCACCGUGCUCCUCUGCCCUUCAAGCCAUGGGGCUGCUAGUCCAGAUUACUACCACAUUCUGGAAGACCCUGAACAGAUUGGCUCAUUCGACUUCUGCACGGCUGUCCUUGACAAGCUUGUGGCGUCAAUUGAUAGCUACAAGGCUGGAGCCACAACGGUGCUCGGCGGGGAUCUCUUAACACUCACGAUCAUAUACUUUGAAUUUCUUGACACCGACAUCAUGCCGGUCACAAGCAAGCGGCCACGGAUUUCACUUUGGACGUCUGAAAUUGUAGCAGAAUAUGAAAGGCGGGACUGCACAAGCAGCGAUAAAUUGCUUUACGGCAGGCUCCCGACAAAGCAUGUGUCGGAAACACCCUUCGGUCAAAUCAACACACAGUCAAAAGUCACACUAGGUGCCUCGUACGAUGAACUCCUGCAGUUCACCCUCUCAAUUGUUCCAGAGGAAAACCACCAGAUGGUUUUAGACGAGCUUCCAAAGAUUAUGCAUAGCAUGCAGAACGAGCUUUUUGAUUCAAUGCAACAUGUACUCGCCAAGAACUUUAUGAACCUGCUGAAACUGAUGCCGUCAAUGCAUUCUUCAUCGCCUAGCAAAAAACAGAAUAGCACAGACAAAGAUUCAAGUUGCGUGCCCAUUUCAGUGGCUCCGACGGUUCCUUGUGGUAGCCACUUCAGCUUGCAAAUGACAAGUACCACACUGGCUGAAGGAAAAGAGGAUAAUCCUGAAGGAAAACAGGGGCAGAAUGUGGCUCAGGGCAGGAAACAGAGCACCACGUUUUUACAGCUGAAGAAACAAAGCCAUUGUCUGAAGUACAAAGGAAGAACAACAAAGCCCCCGUACCCGUGCUCUUGAGUUUUGAGGAUACAAGUGAUGAAGUUUUGGCGGAAUGGGACAAACAAGCAUGUGCCAAUGCCAGGGUACCCAACGUUGAAAGCCUACUUCGAAUAAUUGACACAAUACCAGUUUCGACCGAUCUAGACCUGCCGCACUACACGGAAGCAUUGGAGGGGAUGUACCCACAGAAGGUGCAGGUUGGAGAUACCGAGGCUGAACCAACCCACACUUUUAGCUUGCUUUCUUAUGUUCUUGACGAGAAAGCAUUUUGGCACCGACGGCUGAGUCCACGAGAGCCAGAUUUAUUAACCUCCAGGGAGCUCAAUCUGUUUGAAGAAUGGAAGGUCUUUACCAAGGUUGAUGGUAGUGAAGGUCCAACCAGCAGCGACCCUAUCAGGACGACAGAGGACAUCACUAAUAGAAACAAAAGGACGACAUGCAUGUCCUUAAACGAGACGGCUGACAACUGCGUUGCUUUGAAAAAAAGGGCAAGGAUGUUUCAGAACACAGAUGAGUUGUCGAGCAACAUUCAUCAUGAGAUGCCACACACUUUAGGAACUGUAAGCGCAUCAUCACACGAGAAAGAUCAGUCAUCAAGCGACGCUAAUCUUGGUCAGAUCCAACAAACACCGGUCCAUGGCACCUCUUCAGCUACCAACAAAGACUUCCCAUGGGACGACCCUGAUAUGGUAGCGCGGUUGAUCGAGUCUACCGAUAGGAUUGAGGAAGAGUGGUUUUCACAACAAAGACAAACUCAGUAUACCACAUCAGUUACACAAGACAUGCACAUAUCAGAGAUCAAGCCCAAUGAGAUUUGUUGCAGCUUCAGCUCAAAUCCAGUCGAAAGUGCUGUUUUCAACGACAUUGUGUCACGAAUACCACCCCAUUCAAGGCAAAAGAGCCCAAGAAUAGUACAAAUGGGCUCGACAUGGGUUGAACAUAGGGUUUUUGGCCUGAGCAUGCAAGUGUAUGGCCGGGUCAAUAAGUACGUGAUCAAUAUGUUGGGAAAAGCAGUAAUGGCCGAGCAAACUGAAAAGGAUAGGCUCAAUCUUCUCCCGCGAAGUUACUGGUCAAGAUACUAUGUCGAAUGCGACAUUGCUAAAUUAUUCCAAAAGGCAUUUGAAACUCCAUUGGCGUUAUCUGUUCACCUGAGGGAGACAAUGAUAGGAUUCCAUCUUGACCGAAUUCACAUGGUGUUUUUACCUUUAAGCUCGUACAGUUUCUGGUACACGGUUGUUGCUAACUUUAGGAAGAAAAUGUUCGAAGUCCUCUGCCCAAACAACAGAAUCGACUUGAUUGCUGAUGAAGCUCAGCUUGUAAUCAAGAAUUUCAAAGCGGCUUUCAAGCUGGCAUACAAGAGAUCACAAGUAAAUGUGACUGACAUGGGUGUGUCUUUCCGGAGUGUGUGCUCUUCAACUAAAGAGGCAGAUAGUGGGAUCUUCACAAUGAAGUUGGUACAAGGACAUGAUGGAGACAACACUUUGUGUUUCGAACCCCUAAGUCAUAGCAACCACCCCUUUUCGUCUUUUUUGUAUUUUUUUUGUUCAACUGAUAACACACACAUCGCAUAUCCAUGUAAUGUAGCUCAACUUUUUGCUGCUUAAAACCUCAUCCUUUUUUAUGCUUUUUGUCAGGCUCAUUUUUUUUAGUCUCUCACAGGUGUUUAUCUUUUUUAUUCUUAUAUCCUGCUGCGUUUUUACACCAAUAUAACAUGUUUUUUCCUUUUUAACUUCAAGUUAACUGUUAUUUUUAUGUAAAACAAAAACAGGAGCAUGCAAAGAGCAUGCGCGAGAGUCUAACUUACUACAUGGUUGCUCACCCUUGCAAUGAAAACCUGAUGCCAGAAACCAAAGAACUCUUAAGAAAAUAUGGUGUUCCAUUUGACUACUCGACUCCAGGGUAUUCUCCAUGGGGUCCUGUUGCACAACAAUGUUAACUACAUCUGGCUGGAAAAGAUCAUCCCAACAGGACUAAAUCAUGACCCUAAGAUAGAUGGAGGAUCACCCAAGGAUGGCAAAAUGCCGUACACAUGAGAAUGACUCAUCGAUAAGAGGAUUAUUACGGCGAAAUACUGUUUUUAUUUAAAUAGUUUUUUUUUGCUUUUUAGUAUAGAAAACACAUACAUUUUUAUAUAUGCUUUUUUGGAUAGUGAUGACAUUUUUGUCCGAUGCAAGUUCUUGAUCUUUUUGUUCAGAUACAAAUUAAUUGACAACACCGUCACCGCCGAGACAAGCACGUGACACCACCGC